AUGAGCCCCACCCUCAAGGCUCUGCUCUGCCUCAGGCUGAGUGUGGGCCUCAGGACCCCAGUGCAGGCAGGGCCCCUCCCCAAGCCCAUCAUCUGGGCUGAGCCAGGUCCUGUGAUCCUCAGGGGGAACCCCAUAACCAUCUGGUGUCAGGGAACACGAAAGGCUAAGGAGUACCUAAUUUACAAAGAGGGAAGCCCAGCACCAUGGAAACGACAGAAGCCACAGGAGCCUGGGGACAAGGCCAAGGUCUUUAUCACACACAUGACAGAGCAUGAUGCAGGGAUAUAUCACUGUUACUAUCUCAGUUCCACUGGCUGGUCAGGGCACAGUGACUUCCUGGAGCUGCUGGUGACAGGAAUGUACAGGAAACCCUCCCUCUCAGCCCAGCCGGGACCCUCAGUGCCCAGGGGAGCGACCGUGACCCUGCAGUGUGGGUCUGAGAUCUGGUUGGACACCUUCCACCUCCACCGGGAGGGGUCACUGGACCCUCCCCAGCACCUUCGUCUGCAGAACACGUCUGCACCCUCUCAGGCCAACUUCACCCUCAGUUCUGUGAGCUCAGGCCACCAGGGGACCUACAGGUGCUAUGGCUCAAACAGCACCUCCCCCUACCUGCUGUCACAGCCCAGUGACCCCCUGGAGCUGCUGGUCUCAGCCCAAGACUACAGAGUGGAGAAUCUUAUCCGGAUUGUUGUGGCUGGCUUGGUCCUGUUGGUGCUCGGGGUGCUGCUAUUUGAGGCUCGAAACAACCUGAUAAGGACCCUCGAUGCAGCCAGUUUGUGAACACAGAGGGAACAAUGCACCGUUCAGAGUGGGGAGCCUUGGAGCCCAUCUGAAGAUCCCAGGAGGUGCUUAAGGAAAGUUGGGACCAUUGUUGGGGAAACUGCCUGUUGAGAAUGUCCAGGGGAGUUGAUGUGGUAGGUGAGGUCUGGUUGCAGGAGAACAUGGGCCAUGUCCUCCUCUAUCCACCUGGGUUGCUGUCCCUCCCUCCCUGACCUCGCUGACUCUCCUCCACUGCCCUCUGUUCUCACCCUGUGACAUUAGGGUCCGUCCCACAUGGCUGGUUUGGAUUCACAUCUAUACACUUCUUCAUGCUGGGUCACAUCCAUCCCAACAAAAUGAGGUAUCUUCACAACCCUGGGAUUAGUUUAAACCAUAAAGGACAAAGGACAGGUACCUGGUCCAUAGUGGGAAAACCUCAUAAUAAUGCAGCUCAGGGACAGAAACCGGACACAAAAUGGAAUCAGCUUUUGUGUGAUUCCCUUUAUGCGAAAUGUCCAGGAGAAGGAAACCCAUAGAAACAGAAAUCAGAUUGGUUUGUCAGGGGUUGAGCAGGAGGACAGAUGGGAGACGAACUGUUUGGUGUG